AUGACAGAUGAGGCUGCCACCGCCGCCGUCACCGCCACUGCCAUCGCCACUGUCACUGUCACCCACACCGCCACGGCACUGUCACUGCCACUGUCACUGUCAUCGGCACUGGCACUAUCACGACAUGGUCACCAGCACUGUCGCUGUCAUGGUCAUGGCACUGGCACCCGCACUGUCACCGCCACCGGCACUGUCGCUGUCACCGUCACUGCCACAGCCACCGCCACCGGCACUGGCACUGUCACUGCCACGGCACUGCCACCACCGCUGUCACGGCACGCUCGCCACGGUGGUCACCAGACCGUGCUGCCUGUCUCCCUACUGCCACCACCGGCACUGCCACCACUGCUGUCCCUGUCACCGAUGCUGGCGCUGCUGUGGAUGACGGUGGUGGUGACGGUGGCGGCCAGGGGGGGCCCUGAGGGGGUGGUGCAGUUCCUGGCGGUGGGUGACUGGGGGGGGGUCCCUGACCCCCCUUUCGCCACCCCCCGCGAGGUGGCCACGGCAGCGGCCAUGGGACGCGCGGCCACCAACCUCGGUGCUGACUUCGUCCUCGCCCUUGGGGACAACUUCUACUACGAGGGGGUGCGGGAUGAGUGGGACCCCCGUUUCCAGGAGACCUUCGAGCGCGUUUUCACGGGCCCGGGGCUGCGGGAGCUGCCCUGGUUCGUGCUGGCCGGGAACCACGACCAUGCUGGGAAUGUCACCGCGCAGCUGGCGUACAGCCACCACUCCCCCCGAUGGCACUUCCCACACUACUACUACAGUCUGCGCCUCUCCCUGCCGGGCACCAACACCUCGGCCCGGCUGCUGGUGCUGGACACGGUGCUGCUCUGCGGUGGCGGGGACGACUUUGGGGCAGAAAGUGCCCCGAGGGGCCCCCGGGACGCGGGAGCAGCAGCAGCGCAGCUGGCCUGGCUGCGGGGACGCCUGGCUGCUGCGCGCCACGACCGCUACGUGCUGGUGGCUGGACACUACCCGGUGUGGUCGGUGGCCGAGCACGGCCCCACUGCCUGCCUGGUGCAGCUGUUGCGGCCACUGCUGCGGCAACACCGCGUCACCGCCUACCUCUGCGGCCACGACCAUAACCUGCAGUUCCUGGAGGAGGGGGGUGUGGGCUACGUGGUGAGUGGCGCCGGCAACUUUGUGGAGGGGUCCCAGCACCACAGGGGGGCCGUGCCCCCCGGCUCCCUCCGCUUCUUCUUUGGGGCGCCCGCAUCCCCCGGUGGCUUCGCCCACGUGCGCCUGGAUGCCCAUGCGGCCACCAUCACCUUCCUGGAGGCCACUGGCCGUGUCCUCUACCGCGUGGCCCUGCCCCCCCGUGACCUGUGACCCCUGCGGCGCCAGGACCCUGAAGGACCCCAGGACCUACGACUGCGGGGGGCACCCCGUGGCACCCCUCGGCCCCCUGGCACAGGGGGACCCCCGUCACGGACCUCUUGUGUCCCCAGGCCACGUGGGACCCCGUGGGGGGCAGCCAGGAGGACCA